AUAUGUUAUUAUAAGUGUCAGUGCCUUAGUGAUUGAAACAUGAUUUUUCCACAAAUAUGUGAUUGAUUUUUAGCAAACAGCUCUCAGGAACAGUAAUCAGAUGAGAGACAUAUACUUGAAGAUACCAUUUCCUUUGGACUUCAAAAUAUUUUUUUUCAAUGUAUCCAAUCCCAUGGAGGUUCAGAAUGGGGCAAAACCAGUUUUGAAAGAGAUUGGACCAUAUUGUUAUGACGAGUAUAAAGAAAAAAUAGACGUAAUUGACAAUGAGAUGGAAGAUAGUUUGACGUAUAAUGGGUUUGAUAUCUAUGAAUUCAACGCAGAAAAAUCCGGUAACCUAUCUGAGAAUGAUUAUGUCACGAUAAUACAUCCUUUGAUAGUGGGAAUGGCGUACCAAGUGAAUAGAGACUCUCCGGCCCUAUUGUCAUUUUUGAAUCAAGCAAUCGGGCCAUUAUUCAAGGAUCCUAAGUCAAUUUACCUCACUGAUACUGUGAAGAACGUACUCUUCGACGGAUUUGAUAUAAAUUGCAAUGCUUCUAUGUUCGCUGCGAAAGCUGUAUUUUCUAGGGGUAUAAGGCAUUCAGAGGAUUUGGGAAAAGUUCUGGAAGUUGAUGGAAAGAAGGAAGUGACCCUAUGGUCUACCAAGGCUUGCAAUCACUUCAGAGGAACUGACGGUUGGAUUAUACCACCCCUGCUGAAGCCUGAGGAAGGACUCUGGACGCAUUCUACUGACUUAUGCAGGAACAUAAAAGCUGCAUAUGUCAGAGAUAGUGUGGUAGAGGGAGUCAAUGUUCGAAUAUACGAAGGCGACUUAGGCGACAUGCAGAAAAAUGAAGAAGAGAAAUGUUACUGUCCAACUCCGAAGACAUGUUUGAGAAAAGGUGUUUUCGAUGUAUCCAAGUGCAUGAAUAUUCCUGUUCUCGUAUCGUUGCCACAUUUCCUGAACGCAGACGAAAUAUACAGACAACAAGUCGAAGGGAUGGAGCCUAUACAUGACAAGCACAUCAUCAGUAUAUACCUGGAGGCGGGGGUUGAGCUGAAAGGGGAGUUUCUCAAACUGAUUACCAGUAAACUGAUGCUGUUGAAAGUUGGAGAUACCAGCCGCUGGCUAGCAGUUUUUGGAGGACUAGUAACUAUAUGCGUCGGUGCAUAUCUUUACAGCAAAAAUAGAAAGAGCAUCAACAUCACUCCCAUUCAUUUGGCGGAGAGUGAUAUUGAGAUUACGAGGAGUACCAAUGAAUUGAUGGACCAAAUGAAGAAGGAAUUCAAGAAGGAAGAAAAUAGUCAGGUCAAUCCGGUGAUGACUGGACAUGAGUUUGAUAGAUAUAUGUGA